AUGGGAUUCCAACCACAGCCGCCCCCGCAAGAAAAAAAGAGCAAUUUGGAGGAGAUGAUUUCUAAGUUCAUCAAUACUGCUGAAGCAAAAUUCCAAAGCCAUGAAACAUCGAUUAAGAACUUAAAAGUUCAAGUGGGGCAGAUUAUAAGCACACUGUCGGAAAGAAAAGAGGGACGGCUACCCAACAACACAGAGAAGAAUCCCAGAGAGCAUGUGAACGCCAUAGCCUUAAGAAGUGGGAAGACAGUCGGCGAAGCCCAAGAAGACGACAAGGAAGCUGAAUUGGCCGAUCUGCAAAAGGAGAAUGAGAGAAGCACCCCUAAACUGAAUUUAGAUGAAAUCAAGCUUCCUAUUCCCUACACAAGAAGAGUCUUUAGGGAUAAAUUAGAUAAGCAAUUUGAAAAAUUUUUGGAAGUAUUUAAAAAGAUCCAUAUUAACCUUCCUCUUCUUGAUGUAUUGUCACAGAUGCCAAAGUAUGCCAAAUUCCUGAAGGAGGUGAUGUCCAACAAAAGGAAGUGGGAGGAUUGUGAGAUGGAACUAACGUCUACAACUAUUACCCUACAGUUGGCCAAUCGAAGCAUUAAAUACCCUAGGGGAAUAGUCGAAGAUGUCUUAGUUAAAGUAGGGAAUUUCAUCAUCCCUACUGAUUUCAUCAUGUUGGAUAUGGAGGAGGAUAGAUCGAUGCCAUUAAUUCUAGGGAGACCCUUUCUUGCUACUGGUAAUGCCUUAAUUGAUGUACAAAAGGGUCAACUUACUCUUAGGAUCAAUGGUGAAGAAGUGAUAUUUAACGUUUUCCAAACCUUGAAGUAUCCCAACACAAGAGAACAUGAGAUAUAUGCAAUCAACUCUAUUGAUGUGGUGGCAGCCGGAAUUAAUUAA